UAAGAGUUUUCAUUGUCGUGCUCUUCACUGGCUCAUCUUGAUGGCUUUUGCACCGAAGCCUGGGUGUCCUAUGUGUGGAAUCGUGGCCACUGCAGCGGUUCAUACCCCCGGUCAGUCCCCACGCUCACCCGGUGUCCCGGCUACCCCAGAAAUACUUUGGAGAGAUGAAAAUUUUACCGCAUACCGCGAGAAAGCGCAUCCAGUAUCUUCCAACGAUCAUAUAAUUAUAGCGUUCAACCUGCAUGUUCCAUCGAUAUACACCCUGUCUUCCAGUGACUUGCCUCUUCUUGUCAAUGUCAGAAAUAUUGGCAAGAGACUUUUGAGCUCGUCAUUACCACCCUCUUCCCCCCUCUUCUCAUCCAGUAAUAGUUCCGCACCCUCGCCACCUGUACAACGCACCGAAUCUCAGUUCCGGAUUGGCUUCAUUACUCCGCCUUUCAAGGAUAACAAGAUUCCUAUCACAGAUCAUCUUCAUGCACACGCCUAUCUGGCUCCUGCCGAUCAGCUUGGUUGGUGGAGAGGUGUCGCCUACGGUCCUCUCGCGUGGUACGCUAUCGAUGAUUUGAUUGCUGAGAUUCGGGAGUCAGUCUCGAAUAAUCGCGUUAAAUCCGGAUACGAUAAUCGGAUAGACGCCCCGAUAGACAUGGUCCCCGAGGCUGGUGCGCGAACUGGUGCUGCCAAUGGCGACGAACAUACCACUUCCAGUCUAGCUGUCCCUGACAUUGAAGAUGGCCUCGCGUCCUUUAACCCUUCUAGCCCCAGAACUUCCUCUGCCUCUAGUUCCAGUGGCCACAUACCCCAUUUACACGUCUGACAAGAAUAUCACUUUCCUCUUUAAAGUGCCGGAUAUGCUUAUCUCACAUCCAUAUCAAGUCCUCGGACUAGACUUCCAUCAUGGACAAGUGGACCUUAUGUAUCGAGUAUUGGAAUUGCUUCUCUAGCCUACUUAAGUACAUACGAUUCAGUGU